AUGGUCUACAUCCGGCAGCGGAACCUCCAGAAACUGCACGAAUACAAAUACGCAGGUGUGGAUAUGUCCUUAGUGUCAAGGUAUAUCCUCAAACCAUUCUACACCAAUGUCGUCAUCAAGUUCUUCCCAACGUCCAUGGCGCCAAAUCUUAUUACCCUGACCGGCUUUGGCUUCGUGGUUGUCAAUUUUCUUACGAUGCUGUGGUACAAUCCAACUCUCGAUACUGAUUGUCCUCCAUGGGUGUACUUGAGCUGGGCCAUUGGCCUGUUCCUCUACCAGACCUUCGACGCCGUAGACGGAACACAGGCGCGUCGGACACACCAGAGUGGUCCCCUGGGUGAACUAUUUGACCACGGUGUGGACGCAUGCAACACCGGUCUCGAAGUUCUCAUUUUCGCUGCCGCAAUGAACCUCGGUCAAUCCUGGAACACUGUCCUCACUCUCUUUGGUACCAUUUUGACCUUCUACAUCCAGACCUGGGAUGAAUAUCACACUCACACAUUGACCCUGGGUAUCGUUUCUGGCCCGGUGGAAGGGGUCCUCACCUUGGUUGUGGUUUACUUUAUCACUUUUCUCAAAGGGGGCGGCAGUUACUGGCAGCAGCCCAUGCUUCCCAGCCUGGGACUCCCCAAAAGUGAAUGGAUGGCCAACUCUCUUUAUCAAAUGGCUUGGAAUGAGUGGUACAUGGUCUAUGGCGGGCUGGUCUUGGUUUUCAACACCGUCACCAGCACCCUGAAUGUUAUGAAUGCUCGAAAAAAGAGGGGGGAGGACCCCUUCAAAUCUCUCCUUGGAUUACUUCCUGUCCUCAUUACCUGGAUCCUGAUACCCGCCUACCUUUGGUUGAACCCGGUUAUCCUGCACCAUCAUCUUGUUCCAUUCAUUCUGUUUGCUAGCAUUGUCAACGCUUACUCCGUGGGUCAGAUGAUUGUAGCACACCUUGUCAAAGCCAGAUUCCCUUAUCAGAACGUCCUGAUUGUUCCAUUAGCCUGGGCUGUAGGCGACAGUCUAGGUCCAAAACUGGGACUUUGGCCAAGUGCACUAGGUGACGAUAUCUACCAAGUGGCAUUCAUCUUCCUUUCCCUAGGUUUAGCUGUGGGUGUGUACGGAAGUUUCGUCCACGAUGUCAUCACAACAAUCUGCGACUACUUGGAUAUCUGGUGCUUAACUAUCAAGCAUCCUUACGUUGAAGGCAAACAGGACGGAGAGACUAAGAAGUCAAAAUGA